GAGAGGAGUGGAGUUAAUGGAGAGGCUACAACUGCGCACAAACACAGAUUUGAUCAGUGACUUUACCUCUCUGGUGCCGGUCAGUGUGUCGUGAAGCAGCAGAGACGCACAACACCACCCUCCACCCUCCUCCACCUCCACCUCCACCUCCACGACUGGUUGAACCGGAGCUGAAACUCUGAAAUUUUGUUUUGUUUUGUUUUUCGUAAGAGGAAGAAGUUGAGGAGCUGUGUGUGGGGACCGGAUUCCAUUUUGGACGUAUUUUAUAUGACAGAACACCUUUUUUGUUACAUUUGCAAUGUGGGGUGAUCGGAAACACGCGCGGAACCUGUGGAUUUAACAAAACAACAAAAAAAAAAAAAAAAGAAAGAAAAAGAAGACACACACAGGGAUUUGGGACUGGUUCUUUAUUAUCGUGGGUUGCUUCACAUCUCCUAAAGAGAGAAACAAGAAGAAGAAGAAGAAAAAGAAAAAGCCAUGGAAGUAAGUGCGGACCAGCCCCGAUGGAUGAGCCAUCACCCGGCGGUGCUGAACGACCAGCAUCCCGGCUCACACCACCCGGGCCUCGGCCACUCGUACAUGGACCCUUCCCAGUAUCAGCUCUCGGACGAUGUGGAUGUACUGUUUAAUAUCGACGCGCAGGGGAACCACGUCUCCCCGUACUAUGGGAACUCUGUCCGGGCCGUCCAGAGGUACCCUCCUCCUCCACACAGUAGCCAGGUGUGCCGUCCGUCGUUACUGCACGGCUCCCUGCCCUGGCUGGAGGGCAGCAAAGGCAUCGCCCCUCACCACAGCACUUCUCCCUGGAACCUGAGUCCCUUCCCCAAGAACCCCCUGCACCACGGCUCCCCGACCAGCCUGUCCGUGUACCCUCCGGCCUCCUCCUCCUCCCUGUCCGCCGGCCACUCCAGUCCACACCUCUUCACGUUUCCCCCGACCCCGCCGAAAGACGUGUCCCCGGACCCGGGCAUCUCCACCCCGGGGACCAGCUCCGGGAGGCAGGAGGAUAAAGAGUGCAUAAAGUACCAGGUGACCCUGGCCGAGAGUAUGAAACUGGAGUCGGCUCACAGCCGGAGUGUGGCAUCAAUCGGAGGAGGGUCAUCCUCUGCCCACCACCACCACCCCAUCGCCACAUACCCAUCCUAUGUCCCCGAAUACGGCCCAGGCCUCUUCCCACCAAGUAGCCUGAUAGGUGGGUCAUCUUCUAGUUAUGGUUCCAAAACAAGACCAAAAGCAAGGUCCUGUUCAGAAGGUAGAGAGUGUGUGAACUGCGGGGCCACGUCGACUCCGCUGUGGAGGCGGGACGGUACGGGUCACUAUCUGUGUAACGCCUGCGGACUCUAUCACAAGAUGAACGGGCAGAACCGCCCUCUCAUCAAACCCAAGCGGCGGCUGUCUGCGGCCAGACGGGCAGGUACCUCGUGCGCAAAUUGCCAGACGACAACGACGACGCUGUGGCGGAGAAACGCCAACGGGGACCCGGUGUGUAACGCCUGCGGCCUGUACUACAAACUGCACAAUAUCAACCGACCUCUGACCAUGAAGAAGGAAGGCAUCCAGACCAGGAACAGGAAGAUGUCCAGCAAGUCCAAGAAGAGCAAAAAGUCCCAGGACGGCAUGGACGACUUCUCCAAGAGCCUGAUGGACAAGAGCAGCUCCUUCAGCCCGGCCGCCCUCUCCCGCCACAUGUCCUCCUUCCCCCCUUCUCGCACUCCGGCCACAUGCUGAGCACCCCGACACCCAUGCACCCCUCCUUCGCCCCCCACCACCCUUCCAGUAUGGUCACAGCCAUGGGUUAAGGCCCCUGAACCCUCGGGCCUCGCCGCUACCACCACCACCACCACCACCACCACCACCACCCACUCGGUACCUCUGCUCCCAUAUCCUAAAAGACAAAUAAACUGCUCCUCCACCCGACCCAACCCCUUUACACCACCCCCCCCCACCUUUCCACCAAGCUGCGGCGUGAGAUCAACAGGCUUUCGGCUCCUUUUGUCCUCAGUUGUAUCUUAUUUUUAUAAAAUCAAAGUGUACCUCUGCGAUGUGAAUGCUCUGCAGACUUGACCGUGGCGCACCGGCCUCCACACGGGGGGAAGAUUUUCUCCCCAAGCCGCCGCCGCCGCCGCCAUCGCCGCCACCACCACAUUGAGGCUGCCCUCCCAGCUGAUCCACACGAUAAGGAGCUCCAUUUGUGUACAAAAAGCCAUUUUUUUUUUUCUCCCACACACACGAACAUCACAAGAACAUUGAAAAAAAACUUUUACAACGAGCUCUCCCUAAAUGUCCAAACCCCGCCUCUCUUCACUUUGCACCUGUGUAACAGGAAACCCCCCCCCCCCACCCACCCA